UGCAUCCCGCCUCCGCGGCGACCAAUCGGCUGGCGCGCUUCGCCCCGCCGGCCAAUGGCAGGGAGGGGGCGGGGCCCCGAGCAGCGGCCGCGGCGGGUCCCGCGCUCCCGGUAACGGCGGCGGCCGCGGGACGGUGUGGCACCCAUGGCAGGAGCCGUGCGCAUUGGGGACCAGCUCAUCCUGGAGGAAGACUACAAUGAAUCCUACGUUCCUAAGGAGCAGGAAAUCCGGGAUUUUGCGCCCACAAUCGGGAUUGACCCCGACAAGGAGUCAGAGCUGCUGUGGCUGGCCAGGGAGUGCCUGGUGACCCCGAUGCCCCCGGAGUGGAAGGCCUGCCAAGAUAUUGCGGGUGGUGACAUCUAUUUCUUCAACUUUGAGAGUGGCCUCUCCUCGUGGGAGCACCCCUGUGAUGAGCACUACAAGCAGCUGGUCAUCCAGGAGAGGGAGAAGCUGCUGGCACGGGGCAGCUUGAAGAAGGAGAAGAAGGAGAAAAAAGAGAAGAAGGACAAGAAGGAGAAGAAGGAGAAGAAGGAGAAGAAAGAGAAGAAGAAGGACAAGAAGGAGAAGCAGCUCCUGAGGCAACUCCCUCCCCCAGGCUCCCAGCUGGCGCCCAUCCAGCCUGUCCUGGGCACCCUCUCUCCUCUCCGGGGCCUCACCCCAUCGUCAUCCAUCGCCCGCCGUGGGUCCCUGGGCCUGGAGCUGGGGAACGUGCUGGACUCCAGCCUCGUCCCCAGGGAAGGAACGCUGCCUGCAGAGCUCCCAAAGCCCAGCGGCCACACCAAGAACCUGCUGGAUUUGAUCUCUGAAGAGAAAAGUUCCUUGAGCGUGGCAGUGCCAGAGAAGUGGAGAAGUGAAGAGGAAGAAAGUGAAAAUGAGAGUUUCCAUGGGACCUCUAGGCUGUUAAAAAAUGUGUACCUGGAUGUUGAAGCCCUGGCAGGCAGCUUUGACUUUGAGAAGGAAUCUCUAAAGUCGAGACAUCCUGAAGAAGUGGCAGAGUCUUCCCUGGACUCCGGAGCCGCGUGCCCCCCGUCUCCGGUCCGGCUCCUCUCCAGGGACGCUGCCAGCAGCCUGUCUGCCCCGAACGGGGAGCAGAAGCCUGCUGGCGAUGCAGCAGCGCCCAGGGAAGAUGCUGAGGUGGAAGGAGACGCCUCUGGAGCUGAGGAGCUGCCUCAGUCCGAGGGGGAGAGGAGCGCGGCAGGGCUGGAUGUGCCCGGCUCUGCCGGACAGCCCCGAGCCGCCCCUCCGGCCACACCAGGGGCUGGGGUGGAUCAGCUGGCCAGCCUGGCUGCCACUGCUGCCACCCUGUCCUGUGCAGAAAAGGGGCUGGAUGAAGAGAAGGAAGGAGCAGCAGCUGAUUCAAUAUCAGAGGACAGGCUGGACGAUGGCACACUUUCAAAGGCGUCCGGGGGCAGCGGCUGUGAGCAGGACCUGCCUGUCUCCAAGUGCUCCGACCAUGAGGUGGUUCAGCCUGUGCACUUGGAUUUGAAGAGCCAGCUCUCCGAGGAGCUUCUGGGUGCAGGGACUGUGUCUGCUGCUUUGGACAGCCCCCAGUGCCAGGCCCAGGAGCUGGGAGCAGAGGAAAAAGACCAAAGCAAAGCCAGCGUGGAGGAAGAGCCAAGCAAAAGAACAGAAGCUGCUGAGAGUGAGAGGGAUCUCAGUGCCUGUGAGGCCCCGGUGGAGCGGUCGGGGUUAGAAAAUCCCGGCGGGGCGGAGGAUGGAGCCCUGGAUAGCCUGGCGGAUCCCCAGGAGCUGCCUGCCCCACAGAACGUGCAACCUGAGAAGGAAAUGGAGCAGUCCUUGAGCCAGCCUCAGGAUGAAUCCCUGGAGGAAAUAGUCAAGGAGGUGGAGACAGAGCUGGAGCAAGAGGAAAUACAUUUAUUUCAAGCAAAGGAGGAGAAAACCCAGCAAUUCCAGGAGGAGAUGAGGCAGGAGGAGGAGGAGGAGGAGGAAGCUGAAAAGCUUCAUCAGCACAAAGAAAAGCCCCUCAGCGCUCCAGAAGAAGAUUUAGCAAAAUCUGAGCAGGAAGAGGAAGAGUUGCUUCUCAGAGAGGAAAAAGCCAAGAGACUGGAAAAGCUGCGAGCCCAAAUGGCAGCAGAGAUGGAGGCAGAGGAGGAGAGGAUGAGGGCAGAGCAGGAGGCCACGCUGCAGAAGCUCAGGGAGGAGUGGGAAUCCCGGCAGCUGGAGGAGGAGGAGAGCCUGCAGAGGAAGCAGCAGCUUGCCUUGGAGGAAAUGAAGCUGGCAGCAGAGGAAGCCCAGCAGAAGGAAAUGAGCAGGCUGGAACAGGAGAAGGAAGAGUUCCUGAGCCAGCUCAGGGGCAGGUUGGACAGGGAGAAGAAGAAGGCAGCAGAGGAGCUGGAAGAACAGUUUGCCAGUGAACUCCAGCAGCUGAAGUCUGCAGCAGAGGGGAAGCACCGUGAGGUCAUUUCCAGCCUGCAAGCCCAGCUGGCAGAGGCACAGAGCAGCCAGGAGGCCCAGCUACGUGAGGAGCUGCAGAGAGCAGAUCAGAAAGUGCAGGAAAAAGCCCUUAAAGUGAAGGAAUACGAGCGUGAGCUCAGCGAGCUGAUGAGCGACAAACGCCGGGAGGUGGAGAAGGAGCAUGAGAGGAGAAUGGAGAGGAUGAGAGGGGAGCACCGUGAGGCCCUGGCGCGGAUCCAGGAGCAGUACCAGGAGGAGGAGCAGAAGCAGAGGUCGGAGCUGCUGCAGGGGCUGCGCAGCGAGGCUGCACGGCUGCGGCAGCUGCACGACGCCGAGGUGAGGGGGCUGCAGGCAGAGCUGGAGGGGAGGCUGGCGGCCCUGCAGCAGAGGCACAGCGAGAAGGAAAGAAAGCUCCAGGAUUCGGAGAACGAGCUUGAGAUCCGCAUGAAAAACAUCCAGGCCAGAUCGGAGCAGCUCCUGAGCCAGGAGGAGUCCCUGCAGAGGAGGAGGCAGCUGCUGCUGGAUGAGGACAGGCGGAUGCAGCUCGAAAGAGACGAGGCUGCUCUAGCCUCUCAGCUGCGCCUGGAGGAGAGCAGGAAGGAGCACUCCAGCCUGCUGGAGUCCACCCGGCAGCUGAGGAAGACCCUGGAGGAGCUGCAGGACCAGAAGGCUGAGCUGGAGGCCCAGGUGGACUUGCUGCAGACCCGGAGCCAGAGGCUGCAGAAACGCAUCGGGGAGCUGGAGGAAGCAAUCAGGAGCAAGCAGGAGGCUCUGAAAGAACUGGAGGCAGAAGAAAGUGUGGAAUCUCCAAGAAAGAAAGCCGAGCUCUGUGUUGAAGACCUGAGAGAAACUCCUCAAGCUCACUCGUCCAGAGAGCCUUCCCCAGCCUCGCAGAGCCCCGAGGAGAGCGACCUGCAGCUCGGUCGAGUGCAGAGCUACAUCUCGGCGGAGGGGCAGUCCCUGCGCAGCGCCAAGGAGUUCCUGCUGCGCCAGAGCCGCUCCCUGCGCCAGCGGCGCUCGGCGCUCAGGGCUGCCAGGCUGCACUGGGGCCGGGACCUGCGCAGCGCCCCGGGGGCCCUGCAGGACCCCCACAGCUCCCAGCUCCUGCAGGGCAUGCGCCAGAGCCUGGAGGAGGAGGCAAAGGAGUUGGACAAGAUGAAGUCGGCCAUGCAGAAAGGACAGGUGCUGCUGAAGAAGAAGGAGGAGAAGCUCAGCCAGCUGGAGUCCUCGCUGCUGGAGGAGCUCUCAGAUGAAGAUACGCUGAAGAGUUCAGCCUGCAAGAAGGUGGUGACGUUUGAUCUGAGCACCUCUGAGGACACCAGCAGCACGUCCAGUGUGAACCUGGGCCAGUCGAGAUCUGACCUGAGAAUGGAUUUCUGGCCUGUCCUCCAGCAGGACAAGAUCCAGCACCUGAGGGACUCUGUGCAGAGCAUCUCCAGCGAGCUGAAUGGGGUCCUGGGGCUCCUGGACUCCCUGAGCCAGCACCAGUCCCCUCUGCUCACCUCCACAGCCCGUGAGGGCAUCCCUCUGCCCACCUAUCCCUCCUUGGCAGGCCUGGGGGGGGGCAGCUCCCUGGGGAACCCCCCCAGGGUGUCCCCCCUGGACCAGUGGGCCCGGAGCAGCAGGCCCAGCUCUAAUUAUUCCAUCUCAGGGCAGUCAGUGGACAGCAUGCUGACAGAGAAAUGGCACAGGUAUUUCCCAGGUGGGUUCCCAUCGCUCAGCGAGAGUCCUGUGCCUCUGGACAGCAAGCUGGGCUAUGUCCCUGCAGAUGAACAAAUCAGGCUCUUCCAGCAUUCCAAGUUCAGUGAGCCAGAGACAAGGAAUAUUGAGGGGAUGAUUGAGAGCAACAAGAAAUGGCUGAAAGGCUUCAAGAAGGAUUCCAAAGCACCUCUCUCCCCACUGGCACAGAAGCCCCCAGGCAGCAGCCCCAGCCUCCUCCAGCUGGGACUGGAUGAAAACAGAGAGAUCAAGGUGUACCACUACUGAAAGCCGCCGAGCCACUCGCCCGUUCUGGCUGACAAGGACACUGCACUUCAAGGGAGCCCAUCUGUGAGAAACCCUCUUCAAAGCCGUUCUCCUGAGACAGCUGCUGGGGGGAGGCUGUGAAGCUGCUCCCCACACCCCCCGUGCUGUGAGAGCCCCUGGGCUGGGUGGGGGUGGGCAGUGGGGGGAGCCCCCCGUCUCUGCUCCCUGGGUGCAGUGUGCUGGCACACACCGUGAGCCUGGCACGGGGAUGUUUACAUGCAAAUAGAAAUCUAUUUUUGAUGAACAUCAUUUUAAAACUCUGAAGAAUGAAUGUAUUUUAUUUUUCCUUGCUGUUUUUCUAGAAUUUUUGUAAUUACUCAAUAGCCUUAUGCCUUCCUAGGAGAGGAGGGAUCUGAACACGGGUAUCCCAUCUGCUGUUGGAUUGCACAAACCCUUUCCUGCAGGGAUUUUGCUUUUAGUUUCCUGGAUACUCAGAGGACACAUGGCAGUCCUUACAGUCAUGGGUUUUAGAAGGGACCCCACAGUUGUGGUUGCUGUGGCCAAAGCCAUAUCACUGAGUCCAUUCUGUGUUUUGGGAGAAGCAUGCAUUAAUGGUGCAGGGAAAUGCCAGUUUUUUAAACAAUAACUUGGUUUGAAACAUGCUCCUUUUUCCUGUUAAAACACAGGAUAGCAGCUGUAUCUGGUUUUGUAUAAAUUAAAUCAACGUGAGCCUGUUUUGUAUGAUGGUGGUGGUUGUCACUCUGUUUUGUUGUAGCUGGGUAUCCAGCUGUACUUACCUCUCGCAUCUCCCCUUGUCUCUGGGCUCUCUCAUGUUUUCUCUUGCCAAGGUCAUUUCUGGCAGUUCCCAAGACCACUUAAGCUGGCUGUGCCUUUGUUACCAUUAUUCUUUUAAGUAUCUGGACAGGGUAGCAAAUGCAGAGGCAGAGAGAAGAAAGCUGAAAACCAAAACUACAGCAGGAGAAGGAGGCGUCGCUCUGGCAGCCUGGGAUCUGUUAAAGAUGUCUCACUGCACGCUGCCUGUGGCUGCUGGUUUCCCGUGGCUUUGGGAGCAGCCAGGAAUUGCCCAGCAGCGUGCUGGCUGCUGCUGGGAUCGCUGAGUAACCCUCCCAGGCCUUAGGGAGGGUUGGUGACGUGUUCUUCUCUUGCUGCCAUCUCCUACCAGCAGCCUGUGGGAGCUGGAGGGGCUGGCGAGGCGCAGGGUGUGCAUCAGCUGCUGGUGCACAAGUGGAGGCUGAGAGUUUCGUCCUUACAAAGAAAACAAACCACCACCAGGCUUUUUUGCCCCAGUUGCUGCGGUGCCUGAGCUGCACUGGCGUGUCUUUGCCCUCUGGAAAGCUGGAGGAGAGCUGCUGGAGGAGCUCUGGUGGCAGAACACAACAGAGCCACCCUGCUGCUGUUGUGAGACAUCCCAAAUCCCAGCUGGAGUGUGCUGUGAGCCUGCUGAGGUGGGUCCCCAGGAGCAGGGGUGACCCCAGGCUGGGCUGGGCUGCCUGCCCCUGCUCCCCACCCUGCCCCUGCUCCCCACCGUGCCUGUGUGCCUGGAGCAGAGGAUUUGCCUUUCCUGGAAUGCCAGUGCCGUGUCUGUUGGAGAAACUCUGCGAUUAGAAGAGCAAAAGGGCAGGGCCUGAUUACUCGAGCGAGCUGAGCAGGGGCUAUAAGCUCAUUAAGGGCUUGGCCUCUGCCUGCCCGAGGAGGCACAGCUCAGUCCUGCCUGGUGGAGGUCCUGGUGCUGCUCCCAGAGCUCCUGGGCCGUGGGAGCCCCAGAGUGGCCAUGCUGGGCACCCUGAUGACAGCGCUGUUCUUCGUGGUGAGGGUGGUCAGACAGGUGAGUGUGCCCAGAGGGAGCCUCUGCUGCUCUCACCUGCCUGGGGUGGGAGAGGAGGCAGCAGCUCCUGCUUGCCCUGCUGGGAAGGGCUCGGGCAGGAGGGCUGGGAGCUCACCCCAGGGAGGGCUGUGAUCGCUGGUGAUGGUUGUGGCUGAGCAGCUCUUUUUGUUCUUCCUCUCCUGUCCUCUUCCCUGCUGAAAAACCUUCCCCGUGUGCAGCUGGGGACCAACCUGUUCCGUGAGGAGCCCCUGCCUUACCUGGUGUACCAGCCCCUGCCCUGGCAGAUCCAGUGCGUGUCCCAGAGCCGCCGCACCAGCCGGGACAGCGAGAGAGGCAGGAACUCCCGACACAACAGCAUCUACUCUCUUUCUGGAGAGAAAGGUGACGUGAGCCCUGAUGGCAGGAAGGAGAGCAAGGUCACUGACCCAUCUGAGAGGGCAGCCAUCACCAUCCAGACCCACUUCAGGAGGUACCAGCAGCAGAAGCAGGAGAAGAAGUAACCACAGCAGCCACCUGUGGCCUGCACCAUCCCUCCUGUUUGUCUGUUCUGUACCCCAGAGACAUUUGGGGCCGUGGUGACUGUGAGCCUGCCCCCGAUACGUAGCUCCUGCUGCAGGUGUAGGAUCUCUGCCCUUGUGUUGGUGCUCACAGGGAGUUCUCUGUCCUGCUCAGUCCUUCCCCAGACAGCAUCGCUUCAUGGGCCAGACCACAGCUGCUGCUGAGGGGCUGCUGGGGACAGAGCACAGCACCUUUGGGAGCCUUGGCCAGCCCCUGAGUGAUGCUGUGAGCCCCAUCAGCUGCGUGGGUGGGAGGGGGUCUUGUGCAGGCUGGUCACUGCCCAGGACCAGAGAACCCUCCCCUGUGCCUCCACCUCCUCCACUCUGCCUCUGGAGCUGGGUGGCAAAGUUGCCUUCGUGCCCUGCUCUGCGUGGCCAGCAGAGUGGCCAGCACGGUGUCUGGGGCCAGCCUGGAGGGGGACACUGCCAAGGGAACCUGCUGCAGGCUGCGAGGGGGCAGGAGGUGAGCUGGGAGCUGGAGCUUUCCUUGGGGAGAGCUGGCUGGGGUGCCCUGGUUCCAGAGCAGGCACUGGGUGGGACUCUGUCCUCGGGGUGACCCCGCUUUCCUUCUGAGACACGGCAAUGCUGGUGUUGGGCUCGGAGCCCACCCAGCCCCUGGCCUGCCCCUCUGGUGCAUUCCUGAGCUUGAUGGCUUCUUCUCUGCUGUUGGCAUGGCCUGGGUGGGCUGUUCUCCUUCCCAUCCUGCUGUGGUGAAGGGCAGGGGCUCCCUGAGAGCAGGGGGUGGUGGGGGCUCACGGGGGACUGCUGGAAACUCGUGCUGUGCUAAACCGUGCAGGGCCAGGGCUGUGCCUGCUGGGGACGGGAAGGGGGGAAUCCUUGCUGAGAUGUAGAAGGAAAUCUCUACUAGCCAAUUCCAAUAAAGUUGUAUUAAUCUCUGUUAA